GUUGAUAGAUGGAGGCCUGAGACACACACAUUCCACCUCCCUUGUGGGGAGAUGACACCGACCCUACAGGACGUUGCGAUGCUGCUGGGUCUUCCUAUCAGUGGGGAUACCGUAGGGCCUCGCGUUGUCCCGCCUACGUGGUUGGACGAUCUAGAAGAGCGUUUUGCAAAUAUUGACAUCGCGAUUGAUGUAGAAGAGCACCCAAAAGCAACAGGGCCUGCCAAGUCAUGGAUCCUGCAGUUCCAGCCCGACAAUUUGGCACAUGAUGCUGAUGAGGAUAGCGUCACUCGAUCCUUUGAGGCAUACCUGUUGUGGUUGUUUGGAUACAUAAUGUUCAACAACUCACACGAGGCCUAUGUGGAUAGGGUACUUGUUCCUUACGCACAGGAGAUCGCAGAGGCAGCUGUGGAGGAAAUGCCUCAAUACAGUUGGGGUUCAGCGGUACUUGCAGCCACGUACCGUGACCUCUGCAAGGCAUCGGUGCAAAAUAAGCACAAUGCAAUUCUUACAGGUUGUCCGAUUCUGCUACAGCUUUGGUCGUACGAGAGGAUAUCAAUUGGUCGCCCGAUUGUCGACCACUCACCGUAUGAGCUGGAUAUGUACGGUGACACCGAGGACGAUAGGCCCACCAUGGGGACUCUCUGGUACGCUCGUCAGAAGAGUUGGGCCCACGUACAAUCUCGUCGGGCCUAUCCUGAAUUUGUGGCUGAGUUUGAUCGGUUGACACCUGAAGACGUCGUGUGGGAGCCCUACUCCGAGUUGGCUAUAAACACUCGUGCACCGAUCGGGAUAUCUUCGGUUUGCUUUCAGGACCAGGCCUUUUGGAUGACAACUACAGCGUUGGUGUACGACGUUUACAUUGAGGCUCACUGCCCAGACAGAGUCAGGAGACAGUUCGGUCAAAGUCAGUUGUAUCCUGUGCCGUCAGCAUUGGAUCGGGUCGAACGCCAUGACCACAGUUUGUCGAGGACUGGUCAAACCUUCUCCAACAUGUGGGUGACAAGGGUGCAGCCUUGGGUCGAUGGCUGGGACCAGGCAGAGGAGAACAUGGUGCUUGCGAUCCCUGCACACACGGAGGCUUUGUAUAGGGCGUACCUGAGCUGGUUGAUGGACGUAGAUGCCAGGACGAAUUUGAUGAGGAUUCGAGUGGGAUCUAUGAUGGAUAGGAAUGAGAAAGAGUCGCUGGUGGCGGUGAAACUUGAGCUGCUGGUGGCGAAGCUUGAGCUGUUGGUGGUGGUGAAGCUGGAGCUAGUUGUGGCGAUGCUAGAGCUGGUGGUGGCGAUGCUGGAGCUUGUGGUGAUGCUAGAGCCGGUGGUGGAGAUGCUGGAGCUCAUGGCAAUGCUGGAGCUCGUGGUGACGGGGCUGGUAGAGUCUGGUGUGCCAGCCCUUCUGGUGAAACAAGCAGUAUGA